AAAAAUAAAAUAAAAAGGCAACUAGUGAAAAAGUAAAGCUUGUGAUUUUGACAAUAGGGUGUUGCCAUAUUAAAAAUCAUUUUAGUUUAUAUGGGUGGGGUCAAGAGGGGGGGUUGGUCUAAGGAGGAAAGGGAGCAGUCGGGGGCCAACUGAGGCCCUGUGCUCCCAAAAACCUGUUGCUGGCCCUGUGCGGAGGUAUAAAAGGGCCUUGGUGAGGAAGCAGGUUUCCCCCCAGUAGGAGUGUGCAGGCAAGCCGUUGGCUGGGCUGUUGUGGAAACUUGCUAAUACUUCUCAGUGGUUGGCUGUGAGGACCAUAAACCCUUUUAAAAUGCUUCAUCUACAGAGAGUCUCCAAAGGCCUGGGCCAGCUUGAAGCCUACAUUGAUGCAGAGGAAGGGGUGGCUUUCCAGAUGGACAACAACUUGAUCUUAGCUUCUCUGGCUGGCCAGUUCACAUGGGCUAUUCAGGGUGUAGUUGAAAAAAUGGAGUCUAGCAAAUUCUGGGUCACACGUCUACCCUCUGGAAAAGUUAUGCUGAAAAACUGGAUAGGGAUGUAUCUUGCUGUAAUGGAUGCUGGAGAAGACCCCAAAACCUUUCCCAUCCAACCUGUCCAAUACUCGGAAGAUGCGUCCUUGAAGUUUGAUGUCUUUUACAAGGACAAUAGGAUAGCUUUCCGGGCCUACAAUGGUCUCUUCUUGGCCAGGGUACGUAGAGGGUUCCACACGGUGGAAGCAACCAAGUUGGUUGCUGAUGAUUCCUGUUAUUUCCGCCCCCUGAUUGGAGACCUCUUUCCCUCUAACUUUGAAAUACUAAGAGUGAUCACAGGUGACCUCUCACAUGUGAAAUAUCGCCGACAUAUCUUGGAUAAGCAGGUCUAUAUAAACCGGGGUGAGGUACCAGAGGAACACACUUUCCAUAUGACUUGGGAGACUAGUGUUACUGACACUGUUUUCUGGAACCGUCUGUGGGGGCUUGGUUUGGUAUCUUCCUGUGCGUUCACAGUUGAAGAGGCAACACCCCUAUUGUUGUACACCAAGAACAAUGACCGGACAGUCCUUGUCCAGAGGUAUAUUUAUCGAAAGCUGACACGAGAGGUGCUGGUGCCCCCCCAUACUAAAGUCUUAGCCCAGCUUGUUGUUGACAGAAACAGGUGUGUUACUGUGUUGUUCACAGCCGCCAUUCGAAAGGUGAAAUCAAAUGGGGAUGUGGUGGUGAUGCACGAACGUGGGGUGUGGAAAGGGUGUGUCUAUCAUGAUGUCCGUCUGGAGAUCAAAAAGCACAGGCUUACUGAACACAGACUUGGUCAGAAAUGCCAACUCAUGUGACGUUAGGAGGACUGGUGGCCUUCUAAAGGGCUGAUGUGCACUGGAUGACACAUGGCCCACUCCUGAAGAAAUGCAGCUGUGACUGCUUGGAUUCUGGACCAUCCUGGUCUGGUCCCUUGUAGGAUGCUGCUCUUUUGAAGACUGGUUUGUUCCUGAUCAAGGCAGGCAAGGGCUGCUUCCUGGGUGUUUCUUGGUAGCUCUUUUGUACCUCCUAGGUGCCCCAAAAUGAUGGCUACCUUUUUAUAGCAAAGAGGAGGAGAGCUCCACACCUUUUUAGCACAAGGCAACUGAAAUAAAAAAAAAAAGGCAACUGAAAUAAAAGUGUGAAUUCUGUGUGUGCGUACGAGGAAAAAAAAGGUGUUUUGCCUCGUUUGUGUGUGGGGAUCAUGUGAAGAGCAAGGUGCCAUUUCAGGAUUAGUAAGAAGGGAAAGGAAAAGAGAUUCACAAUCUCACAGGUAUUAUUUCACAAUGAAAUCUCAGCAGAGGUGGAGAAAAUAUUGUUCUUCAGCCUUUUCUGCUAGCUCUGACUAGAAACUGAAGAACGGGGAAGUGCUGUGUGUACCUUCAGGUUGUUUUGGGUUACCAGAGAUGAGAUGCAGACAAGAGGUUUGCUUACAAAGAGUUAAAAUUUAUUGUGUAACUUACAAGCAUACAGCCAAGUAUCCCCAAUAAAAGUGGAUCAGCCACCCAGUUCUGCGGUAGCUGGUGUCAGACUGAACACCCCAUUGGCCACAAGAGACACUUUUAUAGCAUAAAAGUUGGCAUACAACCAUUAGGAUUACAUAAAUGAUUAAUGAGUAUACAGACAUCAAAAUAAUAUGUCAUGGCACCUGUUGCCUAUAAUUGGCUAUUCUGACCUUAUCACAGGACACCUUCAAAAGCAGACUAAUUGCUAGAAAACUAUAUUAUCUUAACUGAAAUACCCUGGCAUCCUUCCUUGGCAAACUAUAUGCCUACCAUAUCAUUAUCUCUAUCUCUGCUAACAAGCAACUGCUGCCCUAUCUGGUCAUUGACCAUCCCUUGACUCAUCCACCUGUAUGCACAACAACUGAUAAUCUUAGCCUUGACCAGAUGCCUAACGAUGCUCCUUUCAUGUCUUGAGGUAACGAGGUACCUUCCCAGCAUCAUACUGGGCAAGCCAUCAUAUCCUCAUUAGAACACCUAGAUAAGAUCCCAGGUGGUCAUGAGGUGAUCUGGCAUACCCAAGGAUGCUGGGGCUCUAAAGGGGAAUACAAUCCUUUAGGCUAACUAACAAAUACAUACUGAAUAUAUCUUGCUAUGGGCCUCUACUUGCUUGCUGGGAUAAUAUACUGGUACAGGGUAUACAUGCUGGAAGGUAACUCAGUUGCUGAAUAGCAUAGCUGCUUAAAGCAGG